GCGUCAAAUUAACGGAGAACUGGAGUUCGCCGUUCGGAUUUUCGGAACCACGACAGUUAUCUUGUAUUUUUUCGUCGGAUUUAUUUACGAUUUUCAUUCUUGAUUUUUGACAAUUUAGUAUUCACACUUAUACCACAUGUAGUGAGCAUUGAUUAAAUAUGACAAAGUUCACACUUCAAUACUUCACAGACAAUCUUAAGUUUAAAAACUAUGAAGCCGAUUAUCCAAUAGAAUACAAAGUAGACACGUAGUUAAAAUCUAUUCAAUUUCAAAUCGAAUUACUAAUAAAUCAAUUCCAAAUACGUACCCACAUAAUACAAAAUUCUGUUGAGCGGAGUGAAUUGUGAAUCGUUCUAUUUAUAAUUCCAUUGCCCAGUUGGCGGUAUUCAUUGCGUAAAUAAUUAAUAAUUUUGAUGAUAAAUGUGGACAUGUAACAUUUUGGUUACUGAUAAACUAUAAUGAAGAAAAAUUUUUUGAAAAGUAGCGUUGAAAACGCAUCACUCAACAUACUCUUGCAAGUUGCAUUUCGAUGCCUAACAUUUGUGAUAAAUGCUUUUGUCUUGCGACACGUCUCUCAAAAUGAAUUGGGAGUUACAAAUGUCCGUUUAUUGUUACUUGAAUCGACAAUUUUAUUUUUGAGCAGAGAAGCAUUUCGCCGUGCUUGUUUAACAGAUACCUUGCAUCACAAUUGGCUCAAGGUCAUCAAUCUCAUUUGGUUCUCUGUACCAUUAUGUGCAGUUAUUUGUGGAAUAUGCGGUUAUAUUUGGCUUCGAUUGUUAAGCCAACCUGACAUUACUGUUACUUCUUAUUAUGAAUUUGGUGUAUGGUCAAUUCUCACAAGUUGUAUCAUUGAACUAUGCUGCGAACAGUUAUAUAUUGUAGCUCAAGCAUUCUUAUUUGUCAAGUUGCAGGUUGUGUUAGAAAUAAUAAACAUUGCUGUUCGUACAAUUGUUUACACUACGAUGGUGUUGUAUUGGAAUGGUCAAAAUGCUGUACUAGCAUUUUCAUUUGCACAACUUGCAUCAGUCAUUGCAUACACAAUGUCAUUUUACAUAUACUUUUGGUAUUAUACAAAAAAAAACAAAAAAGAUUUUCCAUUCAAAACCAUGUGGGAAUUUUUCCCAAAUUUUACUGGAAAAAAAUUGUCGGAAUGUAUGGAUUUUUCUCUACUUAUGUUGUUGUGGAGUUUCUUGAAACAAGGAUUUAUGAAACAACUAUUGACUGAUGGUGAACGUUAUGUAAUGACAUUUUUUAAUACAUUAAAAUUUGAUCAACAAGGCGUGUACGAUGUUGUCAAUAAUUUGGGAUCAUUAGCUGCUAGGUUUUUAUUCAAACCUGUAGAGACAGCGGCAUACUUCUAUUUUAGUCAACUUGUUCAAAGAGAAGUGCCAAUCCAAACGCAAAUAAAACAGGAUUCUAACCGCAUAAAAGAAGCAGCUAGUGUUCUGGAAUGUCUGUUACGUGUCAAUAGCUCUAUUGGUUUAGUUGCACUAUCUUUUGGACAAGCAUAUGCAAAACUAGCAUUAUUUCUCUAUGGUGGAUCAACGUUAGUUACUGGAAUUGGACCAGUUCUGUUACAAAUGCAUUGUUUGGCCAUUCUAUUUUUGGCCGUUAAUGGCAUCACUGAAUGCUAUGCGUCAGCUACCAUGAACGUUUCCGAAUUAAACAAAUACAAUUUGGAAAUGAUUAUAUUGUCUGUGAUAUUUUUGUUUAUUUCUCUGUUAUUUUCUACACUUUUUGGCGGAAUUGGUUUUAUCUUUGCAAAUUGCUGUAAUUUCACAUUUAGAAUCAUUCAAUGUGGUCGUUACAUUCUAUCUCAAUAUAAAGGUACAACUUAUAAUCCACUCAAUGGAUUAAGGCCAAAAAAAUCAUUUAUUUGUUGUUUAAUGCUGUCAACUAUUGUUACAAUGUAUUCUGAGGCAAAAUAUUAUGAAGAAAACAAACUUACACAUGUUAUAAUAGGAGGUGCAAUGUUUCUACUAACAACAUUAGUUUGGUUGUAUGAAGAAAUGUCCACGUUUAGGUUUUUAACUAAAGUCUAUUGCUCAAAGCACAAUUAA